AUGGCUCCUGCCUUGCCGUUAUCGUCUAUGUUCCUCUUGCAUCUUCCACUCAGCACGAACAGGCUGCACUGCCUCCAAAAUGCACCACUUGAAUCCUGCCUCUGCUCCUUUGUCCAUCUGACUCACCCUCUCCAUGUUUCUGACCCUGCAAUCCUGAUCUCACUUCAUGAGGCAGUUCGCUUCCCUUUUGCAUUUAGCUUUCCCUGGGAUACACUGUCAACAGCCUACUGUCUGAUGUCAUCAGUCAGCACUUCAUCAGAGACAAUGAUAUCUACAAAGCUUUUGGCUAAUUACUGUCACUCCUCCUUACACAUGUGCAUAUGCAUAUCAUCUUUCCCUAAUAAGACUGGAAAUAAUGAUUCUUUCCCUGGAGGAGUGGUUUCCAUAAAUGACCAACCCACUGACCAGUGCAAACUAGCUGCGAAAGAGCUUCCUCUGAGGAUCAUUAGAUGCAGAUUCUUGGACUGCAUGGGAGAGGAGGAUCUCACAAAUCUGGGUGUAAUAGACACAGGACAUUAG